UAAUGUGCUCUAGACUCCCCAGUCCAUCGCUUUUCCAUCAUGCGGGGAGCACGCGCAAAGUUCUCGCAGUUGCUAAGAAGAUUGUUCUCGGCAAAUAUCCGCAGCCACCCGAGCACCCUGCCCUCUCCUCGCUCCCUGGUCUCUCGCUGCAAACGAGGGAAACCCACCUCCUCUGCCAAAGUUGCACCGACGCCGUCGUAGCUUCGUCCCCCCCAAUCGAACAGCGGCCAAUCCACAGAGGCACCAUGAGAGCUCUCGGCCACCCCGGCAUCACAAUUUCCGGCACCUAUGUUCUCUUCUCCCCCUCCAAAACCCCGACUUUUUGCUUCGGCUGCCUCACCCAGCAAAUUCCUUUCACCAGAAAAAUCCUUGAUUUUUCUGGAAGCAUCAAGAAGAAGAGCAAUGUUCUCAUCACUUCAAGGAGUUUCACAACUUCUUCUGCCUCCUUGGCACCCUCCGUCCCUUCGAGCCGCAGGCCUUCGUCUUCCCUCUAUGCUCGGCCCAGCCUGCUCCAGAUGAAGGACGAGCGCGCCGCCAACCGCGCCCGCGUCUACGAGUUCCUCCGCGGGCUCGGCAUCGUCCCGGACGAGCUCGACGGCCUCGAGCUCCCCGUCACCGUCGACGUCAUGCGGGAGCGCGUCGACUUCCUCCACUCCCUCGGCCUCACCAUAGAGGACAUCAACAAUUACCCCCUCGUCCUUGGUUGCAGCGUCAAGAAGAACAUGGUCCCCGUUCUCGAUUACCUCGGGAAGCUGGGUGUCCGCAAGGCCACCAUCACGGAGUUCUUGCGGCGGUACCCGCAGGUCCUCCACGCGAGCGUCGUCGUCGAUCUUGCACCUGUCGUGAAGUACUUGCAGGGUCUGGACAUCAAGCCCGGCGACGUCCCUCGGGUCCUCGAGCGGUACCCGGAGCUGCUCGGGUUCAAAUUGGAGGGCACCAUGAGCACGUCGGUGGCCUAUCUGAUUGGAAUUGGAGUUGCAAGAAGAGAGCUAGGAGGUGUUCUCACUCGAUAUCCGGAGAUACUCGGGAUGCGAGUUGGGAGGGUGAUCAAGCCUUUCGUCGAAUAUCUUGAGAGCCUGGGUUUACCGAGGCUGGCAGUGGCAAGAUUGGUUGAGAAAAGGCCUCACAUUCUUGGCUUUGGCUUGGACUACCAAGCGAAACCCAAUGUCGAGGCUCUGCUAGAGUUUGGUAUUCGGAAGGAGGCAUUAGCUUCUGUGAUAGCACAGUAUCCCGACAUUAUGGGUAUUGAGCUGAAGGCUAAGCUUGUCUCGCAGCAAAGCUUGUUUGAAUCGAGUAUUUUGGUGGGUCGUGAUGAAUAUGGAAAAGUCAUUGAGAAAAUGCCUCAAGCUGUUAGUCUUAGCCGCUCUACUGUGCUGAAGCACGUUGAUUUCCUCAAAGGCUGUGGCUUUUUGUUGAAACAAGUGAGCAGAAUGGUGGUUGGCUGCCCUCAAUUGCUUGCAUUGAAUCUGGAUAUUAUGAGAAUGAACUUCGAGUAUUUUCAGACAGAGAUGAAUGGGGAUUUGGAGGAGCUAAUUGCUUUUCCUGCUUUCUUUACAUAUGGUCUCGAGUCUACAAUAAGACCAAGGCAUCAGAUUAUGGCCAAGAAAGGGCUGAAGUGUUCACUUGGAUGGCUGCUAAAUUGUUCUGAUGAGAAAUUUAAAGAACGAAUGAGUUAUGACUCCAUUGGAAUCGAGGAAAUGGAAACAGAACCAUCGUUUGACAUGAAGACAUUUUUAGAACCUAGGGAGGAAGAUGAUUCUGGAUCUGAAUACGAUGAAGACAGUGAGUUUGAGGACGGUGAUGAUGUGUUUAUGUGAAAUUUACUUAACUGCCAUUUGUAGUUAGCGUUGGUGGGUAGUUUCAUCUGAAAGCUAUUUGGAGUUACUGUUGGUGAGUAGUUUCAUCUGAAAAUGAUUUGGGAGUGUGCUAAUUGACUGCCAUCUUUUGGAAGCCUUCUUCAGUGAUCUUGUGAUGUAUACAGCAAAACUUUUCAUGAAGAAAUGAUCCCUUGAAAAGCUGAGUGAGAACUGAAUUUUAUGAUGGACUAAUUGCAAUGUCAAGAGCUAAAGUUACAGCUAGUGAUGGUGUAAUCAUUCAGAAUUUUGUUGUCUGUCAAAUCUUUUAUGAGAUGAAAGAUUGUAUCGCUGGUAAAAAUUGUUAAUGUGAUUGAACUGCUUGUCUUCAGCAUCCAUAUUUGAUAAUA